AUGGCGACCACAGACGAGACAAAGAAGGCUCGCAGCCGCGUCUACUUUGACAUCAAGAUCGGUUCAAAGACUGCUGGCCGUGUGGUGUUCGAGCUCUACGACGAUGUCGUUCCCAAGACUGCUGAGAACUUCCGAGCUCUCUGCACUGGUGAGAAGGGCUUGGGCAAGUCCGGCAAGCCUCUGCACUACAAGGGCUCCAUCUUCCACAGAGUCAUUAAGCAGUUCAUGAUCCAGGGUGGUGACUUCACAGAGGGCAAUGGAACUGGCGGCGAGUCCAUCUAUGGCGCUAAGUUCGAAGACGAGAACUUCAAUCUGAAGCACGAGAAGCCUUUCCUCCUUUCCAUGGCAAACGCUGGCCCUGGUACCAACGGAUCUCAGUUCUUCGUCACCACCGUCCCCACUCCCCACCUCGACGGCAAGCACGUUGUCUUCGGCGAGGUCAUCUCCGGCAAGUCGAUUAUCCGCCAGAUCGAGAACCUCACAACGCAGUCCGGCGACAAGCCCGUUCAGGAUGCGACCAUCAUCGGCUGCGGCGAGCUGUCGCCCGACCAGUUCGCGGCCGAGGACGCCAUCAAGCAGCCCGACGCGCUCGGCGACCCGUACGAGGACUUCCCGGAAGAUGAGGCGACGAACGGCGAGCUGACCGCCCAGCGCGUGCUCAAGGUCGCUACUGAGUGCAAGGAGUUUGGCAACAAGGCCUUCAAGGGCGGCGACUUCCAGCUCGCGCUGGACAAGUACCAGAAGGGUCUGCGCUACCUCAAUGAGGACCCGGACCUGGAGAAGGAGCCUGCGGACACCAAGACCAAGAUGAACGCCCUGCGCUUCACGCUCAACAGCAAUAGUGCCCUGAUGAACAUCAAGCUGCAGGCCUGGGACGAGGCCGCGCGCGCCGCUAGCAGUGCCCUCGAGGUCGCUGGUAUCACGGAUGCCGAGAAGGCGAAGGCCCUCUACCGCCGCGGUCUGGCGUACGUGCGCUUGAAGGACGAGGAUAAGGCCCUCGAGGACCUCUCGGCUGCGAACAAGCUCGUGCCCACCGACGGGGCUAUCUCCACCGAGCUAGCAACGGUCAAGAAGGCCCAGGCUGCUCGCACGGCGAAGGAGAAGGCUGCCUACAAGAAGUUCUUCCAGUAG